CAGCAUAGUUUCAUACACUACAAUUACAUAACUACUCAAACCAACUUUAUCCACUCUGAGCAAGCAAGUGAGAAUGCAAACCCUCUUAAACCCUCAUCCCAUCUCCUUUCUUCCUCCUCCGAAAAUCCUAAAUCCUAGUAAGCUAUUCAAAUCUCGUAAUCUAAACUCAUCCCUUCACUUCAUCUCAACUGGAAAAUUCACCGUUAAAGGUUUCUCAGCGGACGAAUUCCCGGUUGAUGAGGAUUUCAUCGAAAAAUUCGGUCCCAAAGACGUGGAAACUGAAGAUGAAGCCCGUCGCCGCAACUGGAUCGAAGGAGGUUGGGCUCCAUGGGAGGAAAUCCUCACUCCAGAAGGAGAUUUCGCCAGAACAUCACUCAACGAAGGAGAAGAAGUAGCAUUGGAAAAUCCUGAUUCGAUUGAAGCCUUCAAAAUGCUGAGACCUAGUUACAGGAAGAAGAAAAUGGAAGAAUUAGGGUUAACAGAGGACGAAUUUUACGCGAAGCAGUUCGAGCUUAAGGGCGACAUUCCGGAGCCCUUGAAGACGACAUGGGCAGGGCCGCUGGUGGUCCGUCAUGUGCCACCCCGAGAUUGGCCGCCGAAGGGGUGGGAAGUGGAUAAGAAAGAGCUGGAAUUUAUCAGGGAAGCUCAUAAGUUUUCAGCUAGAGUUGAUCUUGAGCAAGUACAGAAUGAAGCAAAAAGCAAUACAGAUGAUUUGUGUUUGGACAGAUAUAAGGUGUUUCUGAAGCAGUAUAACGAAUGGGUGGAUGCGAAUAGAGAUAGAUUGGAGGAGGAAUCAUAUAAGUAUGAUCAAGAUUAUUUUCCUGGUAGAAGGAAAAGAGGGAAAGAUUAUAAAGAAGGAAUGUACGAGCUACCAUUUUACUACCCCGGACAAAUUUGUGUUGGUAAAGUGACUACUUUGCAUCUUUAUCAAGGAGCUUUCGUUGACAUUGGAGGUGUUCAUGAUGGGUGGGUCCCAAUUAAACGUAAUGAUUGGUAUUGGAUCCGACAUCAUAUAAAAGUUGGUAUGCAUGUCAUUGUUGAAAUUCUGGCCAAACGAGAUCCUUACCGUUUCCGAUUUCCAAUCGAGAUGCGUUUUGUUGAUCCUAAUAUAGAUCACCUUAUUUUUAAAAGGUUUGACUACCCACCAAUUUUCCAUCGGGAGGAAGAUACUAGUAUGGAUGAGUUGCGUCGUGAUUGUAGAAGGCCACCAAUUUCUAAGGAUGAUCCGGGAAUCAAGGUGGAGGAGGAACCUUUAAUAUGUAAUCACCCUUACGUUAAUACGUUAUGGCAAAUACAUGUUGCAGAACAGUUGAUUAUGGAUGAUAUGGAGAUGAAUCCUGAAAAAUACGAGGGUAAAAAAUUGUCGGAGUUGAGCGAUGAGGUGGAAUUCAAUGAAGAAAACAGUGUCGAAUACAGUCAAGAUUAUUAUAACGGAACUUUACUACCCAAAAGGAUUGUGAACGUGAGCGUGAAAGAUCUCGACUUAGAUGCUGCAUACUCAGAGCGCCAGCAUCAUAAUAAAUUGAAAAUUGAAGCAAUGGAAAAAGGCGCAACAUCUUACAAAAUCGACAAGUUAAGGCGUAAUCAUGAGAUGGACGAAUACGAUUUUGUUCAUUGGCGACGCUCGGUUGAGGAAAGAGAGGCCUUACUUCGAGACAUAAGCUGCCGUAGAGCGGUUGGUCUACCAUUAGAGGAGCCAGGAAGGUACCAUGACCCGAGCAGCGUUGCAAAAGACAAAUACGACCCUGAAAACCCUCUGUAUAGAUACGAUUAUUGGGGGGAGCCAAAAAGUUCUGAAAAGACUAAACAAAACAGAUUAAGAGACUUCCACAACAAAGGAAUUAUAGGUAGAGGAAUGGUGUGGUAUGAAACGUCGUAUGAAGAUGCAAUGAAGAACCAGGAUGAAACGCGAGCUAUGGAAAUGGCAGAAACAAGGAAUAAAGAAGAUGAAGAUGACGAGGUUGAUGAUGUCAUUUUUGAGAUCGUUUCAGAGCCACAGCCCGAAGUCAAUGGGGUUCAGACCAAUGUAUUUUCAGAUGAAUACUAUGACUAGGUUUUUGGUGUUUGAUGUAUGUUGUAUAGGUCAAGGAAUUAAUCUCGUAAUCAGUGUUUUUCAGGGAAUGAUUGUUGUUUUUUUUUGGGUAUCAACAUUGAAGUUAGUGAUGGAUUAAAAUUUUUGGUAGACAAAUAUAUGAGUGGGCCG